GCCGCUUUAUCGAGAGCCCAAGUGGAAAUUUCCCCCUCAGUUGCCGGCUCCACCGCGGAGGAGACAUCAGAGCUAGCUGCGCGUCCUUGUCGUUCUCGCCCGCAGCCAUGUCUAACUACAUCCACGUCCCGCCCGGCUCCCCGGAGGUGCCUAAGCUGGACAUCACCGUCAGCGAGCGGGAGGGGCCCGGCUGCCGCCAGGGCGCCCUGCAGCUGCUGCGCCGCCUGCGGCCCCAUUGGAGACCCGAGGAGGUGACGCUGCAGCUGUUUACUGAUGGAAUCACCAAUAAAUUAAUUGGCUGCUACGUGGGUGACAUAACAGAUGAUGUAGUUCUAGUUAGGAUCUAUGGAAACAAGACUGAGCUCUUAGUUGACCGUGAUGAAGAAGUGAAGAGUUUCCGUGUGUUGCAGGCCCAUGGCUGUGCACCUCAGCUGUACUGUACUUUCAACAAUGGCUUGUGCUACGAGUUCAUGCAGGGAGAAGCCCUGGAUCCUGAGCAUGUAUGCAAUCCUGAUAUUUUCAGACUCAUUGCCAGACAGCUUGCUAAAAUCCAUACUAUCCAUGCUCACAAUGGAUGGAUCCCUAAAUCUAACCUGUGGCUGAAGAUGGGGAAAUACUUCUCUCUUAUACCCACGGAGUUUGCAGAUGAGGAAGUGAAUAAAAGGUUUUUAAGUGAAAUUCCAAGUCCUCAAGUUCUUCAGGAAGAGAUGGCCUGGAUGAAGGAAAGACUGUCAAAUUUAGGAUCACCAGUGGUACUCUGUCACAAUGACCUGUUGUGUAAGAAUAUUAUUUACAACAAGAAACGAGGUGAUGUGCAGUUCAUAGACUAUGAGUACUCUGGAUACAACUACCUGGCUUAUGACAUUGGCAAUCACUUCAAUGAAUUUGCAGGAGUAAAUGAAGUAGACUACAGUCUUUAUCCCAACAGAAAAUUGCAGGAACAGUGGCUGAGAUCUUACCUCGAGGCCUACAAAGAAUAUAAAGGAUUUGGCACAGAAGUCAGUGAAAAAGAAGUUGAAGUUCUAUAUGUUCAAGUCAAUCAAUUUGCACUGGCUUCCCACUUCUUUUGGGGAUUGUGGGCUCUAAUUCAAGCCAAAUAUUCCACCAUUGACUUUGAUUUUCUAGGGUAUGCAAUUGUUCGUUUUAACCAAUAUUUCAAAAUGAAGCUGGAGGUCAUGAUGUUAACUCUCCCAGAGUAAAGAAGAGUAAACUUACCAAGUGGAUAGAGAAUCCCUGAAUCUUUUCUGAACGGAUACUGGAAAAAAAGUUAAACAUUUGUUGAAGUUCUGUAAUGCUCACUUGGUGGUUCUUGCUUUAUAAAUAAUGCCUCUAAACAGUCCUUCAAUGUUAAAUUUAAUAUGAAGAGCAUACGUACUGCUGUUGAUAUAAAAUGGAUUAGAAAUUUGCUAAAUCUGAAAAACUUGUAGAAAUGGCAAUUUAAUCCUUUUUUGUAAUUUAACAUGUUGUAUGUGAAAUAUUUAUUUUAAGUUUAACAUGAUUCCAUUGCUGCUUUCAUCAGUUUUUGUAAAAGUUGGGUGCAGAUGGUGAAGUUUUUCCAAAGGAUUUGUUUAACAACUUGUUUUAUUGAGCUGCAUUAACUUAUAUUAGGAUCUACACAGUCAGAGGAUGUCAACCUUUUAGAUCUGUACAGUCAAAAUGUGAGAUACUGGUCACAGGUGUGUAGUAACUAGGGGAAAAGGUUAGGAUGAUCUUUUUAAGUUUUUUUUUUUUUUAAUUUUAUAAAGAAAAAGGUAGCUUUCCAUCUUAUGGUACUUAUCUUUUGUAUAAGAAUCAGCCUUCUUGCUAAAGUGAUAAAUGAUGUUUUGACUUUCCUUUCUUUGUGUUAAGCUGUUGAAGCGUGAAUGUUCUGUGGCCAUCAAAUUCUUUUAGACUCCAUACCAUCACAGUGUUAGAUGGGAAGUGUACCAUCUCUAACUUCUGUGGGAAAGCUGCUUGCUUAUUAAGCGUACUUCUUAAACAAAAGACCACUGUUCAAAAUUUGUAUUAUUUUUUGAAACUUGAUUCAAAAUUUGAACACUAUUCUGGUCUCUGAUAUGCUUCAGCAGUAUCUGACGAAAUGGACUAUUGAACUGCAAAUUAGUGAGCAGAGAUCCUGUUGCACUGGGGAGCAAGACACUUAGGUUUACAGUUUGUUAUAUUGUAUAUUGUCUUUCCUUCUGCUUUGUCAUCAUCUAACCUUGGAUUCUAGUCUUAAAUGCUUGAUCCUGUUGUUGCAAAUUCUGUGAGUCUGUUUUUCUUCUGUGGCAGCAAAUUACGUUUCAAAAUCUCCAGUUUGAAGGAUAACAUGAAGAAGUAUGACUUGAACAAUGGGACUUUGAUAGUCACACACAGCUUUUUAAAGCUAUUAUACCAAGAAUGGCCUGGAUUGCAAAAUGUGAAUUGAAAAGAAGAUGUUUACUUAAGAAAACCAUAUGUAAGCUUAAGUGGAAAAGAGGCUUUAAAACUCUUUUAGAAGAGAUGGGGAGAAACAGCAAAAAUAAAACCAACAAGGCAAUUUGGAGUUGGGCAGGCAUAUACUCAGCUCUUGGGUGUACUCUGAAAAACUUUGCACUUUGGUCACUUAAGUGCCCACAUGUACAAAGUCUGUGUGUGCAUAUACACAUGCAGUCACAAACUUAGCUGAAGAGUAAAUAUUAUGGGGAGAAGCUCCAGCAAAGAUAUUUAUUCUAACUUGCUUUGUGACAUACUGUUGUGUGUGUGUGUAUAUAUACAUAUAAAUAACAUAUACAUACAUGUGUGCUUUAAAGCUUUUUUGAUUCUUUUAAUACAAAGAAGGUUGAUGUGAAUGAAGAAUUUUCACCUUGAACAACCAUUUUGAAUGGCAUUCUUUUUCUUUUUUUUUUUUUUUAAUAAAAGCAAGGGUUGGGUUUUCCCCUCUUGUUUAUAUUCAUCUCUGAAACUUUUCUUUUUUGUUGUUUUUUAAUUAUUUAGUCAAAACCUUAACUGUAAUGCAAUGGUAAAACUGGGCUUUAUUUUUUUUCUGUAACUUGAAGUUGGAUAACCCUUUUUGUUAGCAUUUGCUAGCUGGAGGCUAAUAUACUGGACAAACUAUCUUGGUAGUUAAAUAGAAAUGAAUAGCUAAAAUUGACAUUUAUAUUUUCUUUUGUAGCGGAUAUAGAGGAUGUUGCUAGAGCUCAUGAAAGCACUGAAGAUUCUCAUUUUCUGUAGUUUCCCCCUGUAGGCAUGAUUGACAUAUAUUGAGUAAUAGCCUGCUGUCUUUGUAGUCCCUUCAAGUAUGGCAUGAUCUCUUUGGAAGUAAGGUUGAUAAAGAUUUUAGAACUUGAUUUUUUUGUUUAUUUUCUUCAAAUGGUGUCUUUGUUUCUGGCAAUGUUGCUUUGUUUUUAAAAAAUGUGUAAGAGGCUGUGAAAUUCAGUUGGUUUUGGGAAGUCCAGCACUUGACAGAUCCUGUCUAACUUUCCCAACAGCUUGCAACCCACAUUCCCUUUUCAAGUACCAGUUCUAUUUAAGUUUGAAAUCAGUGUAACUUUUUUUCAUAGUGUUUUGUUUAUAUAGUUCAAGUAGCAAUAACUGUAGAAGUGGAAACUUAGAAACUUGCUUCUGCAGAACCAAAGCUCUUUGUGAACGCAGCUCAAUCUCAUUCUUAUGGAGUUAAUUUCCACUGAAUCUCCCAUAAAAGCACUUUCAAGCAGAUAGUAAAUACUGCAAGCUUUUUCUGAGCCAUUUUGAAGAAGCACAAGGAUUAUCACAGGUUAUAGUGGUCAACUUUGCAGUACUGAUAGAGGCUUUCAUUUUGCAUGUUGAAGUUCAUUUUACACACUUUAAUACUGCUUUGCAUCAGCUUUCUUUCAAGACAAGUACAGAAUAAAACAAUUCCUGAUACAAGGUUCAGAGAAAAUACUGUAAACUUUUCCAAAAUGAAAUGCCAGUUACCUUGAUUUUUGUACCACAUCACAUUUAGCCAGUAGCACUCAGAUAUUCUCAUUUGCAACAGAAUAUCUACAGAUGUAUUAAGUUUGAAGCAGUAGUUGUUUUCAAUAGCAUUGCAAAUAUUGAGGUAGCUCGAAACUGUGAAUACAGGACAUUCUGAAUGUAAGUUAGGUACUAAAGCACCAAACUAGAGAAUGUGUACUUGUUCUGAUUAGUUUCUCUCAGUCUCUUAAUAGCAACGUUAAGAUAUUUGAAGGAGGGCAAAAAAGACUGAGCUCUAGAAGCAUCCUGUAGUAGUUUUGACUGUGACUUGCCAAGAAGAUACUCUGUUGCCUUUAUGUUAAGCUAAGGGCAUAAAUGCCAAAAUUAAUAAUUCUUAUUGUAGUUAAACCUGUAAUGUAAAUAUAAAGAGGAUUAUUAAUAAUGGCAUUCUUGCAUAAAUAGCAUCAAGUCAAUAGACCAUAGUGGCCUGGUUGCUUUUGUAAAGCAGAAUAGUGUGAAUUUUUUUCUUCUCAUUUCUGCAGUCAGAUCUGGCUAAUCAGUGCUUAAUUUUUUAAGUCGUUUAAGCAUUACAGGUUUCUGAGUAGCUGAUCUGUUCUUACAUAAUUUUAAAUUCGUUUAUACGUCUUGAUUUGCAGUUUGGAAUUACCAAAUUCGUAUUAACCAGAUCUGACUGUGUAUGUAUAUAAAACAGUGUAAAUAACCAUUUGUAAAUUAGUGUGAAUUGUACUGUACCUUGCUUUUAUGGACUUGUGUAUUGCAUUGUAUUCUCUCCUAUUUUGUAGAAAUUUUGAUGUAAAGAAGAAAUCUAACUCUGUGUGCUGACUUCUUUUGUUAAAUUUAUCUGUAACAAAGCAUAGUAGUUACGUUCAGGUAUCCAUUUAUAGCCUUGGACACCCUGUGUCUUUUUUCCCUGCUACCUUUUUUAACAUCUUGCUCUUGGGAAUGAUUCUGGGGAAAAAAAAAGUAAUUCAUACAAUGCGGUAUAGGGAAGGCUGUUAAAAUUUUAAAAAAAUCCUAUACAUUCUUGAAUGCUGGUGACUUCUAAACCAUAAGCAUGUUGAAGUACUCUUAAGUGUGCGCUCCCGUGUGACAGCAAUUGAGUUAGUUGUGAUAGAAGUCUCCGAAUUUAAAUGUUUUUGGUGGAUAUAGACUUAAAAUAGGAUUAUAGUUGCUAACUUGUAAAUGCUUAUAAUAACCCCCUCAACCUCAGAUCACUCAAGUGGUUCUACCAGUCGCUUUCGUUCACACUAGAAUUAUUGUUAGUUUGCUUAGACUAUCUGAGACUUAGAUGAGCAGGUAUUUUUCCUGUGUGCACUGCUCUCCCUCUGCAACCUCCAAACCCUAAUUCAUUAGGGGAAACAUGAUUAUAAAAGCUUCCUUUCCAUACUUAAUCCAUAUUUUUUUAACUGGAAUUCUGUUCUGAUUUAUUAGUAUAUGACUCCUCAUCAGAAUUAUUUUGUUUGAAGUCCCUUGCUAAAGAGGCCUUUGACCUUGGAAGUGAACCAUAGGCAGUCGUUGUCCCCAAAUGGCCAACUGUAUUUCAUUACUGUUGCCUUUCAAUACCAAUCUUGAACUGCGUGAUGUCCUACAAGCUUGUCCGUGGUGUGUUUUUACUGGAAAACACGGGUGUGUGAAUCUUGUCGUCCAUCUGACAAAUUGAUCUUGAUACAGUUGUCACAUGUUGUCAGCUCUACCUGCACUGGAUGAAAAGUACACAUGCUUAUCAGCGUUGACAGUAAAGUUACUGAGGAUCCUGGGAAGUGAGCUGGUCAUAGAAGUGUUUGUCAAGAGAUGGGUUGGGCUCAAUAGAUACAGGUAAAAGGAAAUCCAAGUGGAAAUGAGAACUUCAACUUUCAACGUAGCAAGUUAUUGAAUACGCCUAUUGCAUGGUGUAAGGACAAGAGCAAAUGGGUAAAGCUUGUUUCCAAGUUUAAAAUUUAUUUUAAACCGUUUGCUAGCUAGAAAAGGCUUACACAAUUAUUAACUCCUGCCAAAAGGAAUCUUAAGGUAACUGCUUUUCUAAUUAUAACUUUGCUCUGUAGCCCACUGUAAUAUAAUUUCUUGCUCAGAGUAGUUCUCCCUGUAGCUAGUAGAAGAGGUUCACCUCAUCCUAUCUAUUUUGUUUUGGGUUAGCUAUCUGUUCUUCAUAGAUAUUGUUUUUUCUUUUUGUAUUUUUAAAUGUGUUCGCAGAUGCAUGUGAACGUGUAGACUUCAUGCUGAAUGUUUUCAUUAGAUUUAAGAGAGAUGAAAAGCUGUGACCUUUGGUCUUGCACAGUAUAGAUCUUCUGUUAGCCAGCCACAUAACUUAGGGGAACUCUUGGCAGUGAGAAGCCACAAAAAUUUAGGUGGGGUAUGUCAGAAGAAAGCAACAUUUGUGGCCUUUAGACCUCUGGAAUGGAAAGGAAAAUGUGCAAAUUGUUUGCAUGUGCCAGUUGUGUGGAGGUGCUUAAAUGAUGUGGUGAGAUGCUGGCUGAUUUUUUUUUUUAAGUGACUUUUCUAAGUGGUUUAUCUGUACAGUUUUAAGUUGCUGUACCUAGAAACCAGCCAAAUUAGGGGGGCAGAGAGGCAGGAGACAUUCUAAAGAAGUACCUAUAUGUUAAAAUCUGGGCACAGUUAAUUUGCAACCCUUCAGGUGCACGUUGGGCCUUUUCAUUUAUUUAACAGUGUAGAUAAUGUUGUGCACCAGGUGGUUCAGUAAGGUUUUAUUCUUGAUAAAUGUCAGAAAACUGACUGAAUGUGGGCUGGGCCUGAAGUCAGAGUAUAUGUAGUCAGACCUUAGAACAAGUGGCCAGUCUUUACCAGAUUAACCCCCUUCUGAUUCAUAAUUUUACAAUGUUUGCUCCUGUAGCCUUCUGAAAAAUUUUGAGCAUUUGUCUUGGAUUCCCUGUUGAGUAGAAUUUUAAUUAACAGCCCCCCAAAAUACGUGAUGCUUAUGGACCUUAGGAAAUCCUGGUGCCGGUUAGGUCAUGUGAACAUUUAGAAAGCACAUUACUUGAAAAUCUAGUGAACGUUAAAAAUAAAUGGUGAAAUUACUUCAGGUACUGCACCAGCCUUAUGUUCUGUGAUGUUGCAACUGCGUGUUUUUUCAUGAUGUAGUAUUUUUUUUUCCACAUAGUAGAGAUUCAUGCAAAAUACAAGAUGAAGGAGACCACAGAAGAGAAGCAUUAAAAACUGUUACAUGCAGUCCCGUAAAAUGCAGAAUAGAUUGGGGAAAAAAGUUUCCUAGCUUUUGGUGGUAGUAACUGUCAACU